AGCCAGCAUUUUAACAUGACACGUCUUAAAGAGCUAAUUUACAUUUAUCAGCGGUCGUGUAUGACAGCAGCUGCAACAAAUUAUUUUAUCGUUCAUUUACAAACUAAACUACUGCGCACGACCUCGUUUACGAACAUUACGAAGUAGACAUCGAGUGUUGGCUAACUGCACUAAUUUUCAUCUCCUUGUCUUGCGUCGAAUACUAAGCUAACCAACGUCACGCCUCUUUAAAAACAGCUUACAUUAACCCGACCAGCUUCAAUCAGGAGACAUGACGAUGAAAGAAGACAACAUCGUCUUUUAGUCUGUAAGAGUGUCCUGCAGUGUUAUCUCUGUUUCGGUCGUUCAUCUUGAGUAAAUGAAUUUCCUGCGGAAUCGUAUGGCGGUCCUGGGCAUUGUGUUGUUGGCCACCUUACUCCUGUACCUACUGCUGCCUUCCAUGCGUCAGGGCAGCAUGGAGCCAUCCCUCAAUGCACAAAGACUCGGGCUUUUGGCCACAUCCCCGCCUCCGCUUCCGAAUGUCAAUGUGUCAGUUCGCACAGGACAGCUGCCUGGGGACCCGCCGCUCUUUUUCCGAGAAGCUUUACCCAUUGACGGAGCUGGGCGACAGAUAUUGCCCAGGUUACAAGUGGUGCUUCUGCAUGGACAGGCCUUCACAUCGAAAACCUGGGAAGAACUUGGUACCAUGGCCCUACUUGCAACUAAUGGAUAUCAGGCCCUAGCUAUGGACUUGCCAGGUUAUGGUAAGUCACCUGACUCAGGGGCCCUGAAAACGGAUCAGAGUCGAGUGGACCUGCUCUCCAGGUUCAUGGAGUCGUUGGGUGUGAGGGCAGCGGUGCUUGUGAGCCCUUCCAUGAGCGGACACUACUCCAUCCCGUUCCUCCUGAAGAACAGCGCACAGCUGCGAGGCUUUGUUCCCAUUGCGCCAGUUGGUACUCGCAGUUACACACCACAACAAUAUCAGAAUAUCCAGACUCCCACUCUCAUCGUGUUCGGGGCCCUUGACACUAAUCUGGGCGCCCAGUCCCACAAGAACCUGGCCCAGCUUCCUCAUCACGCUGUGCUCAAGCUGGACGGAGCUCGCCACGCGUGCUACAUGGACAAACCUGGCGCCUUUCACCAAGGCCUGAUCGACUUCCUCGGCAAGAUAAAGUGAGAUGUGCUGCGCCAAAGAUGGACAGGAAAAAAUGACCAGGGACGUGAGUGUGCCUGGCAUGAGUUAAGUGAGAUUGCUUGUGCAAAUUAGGUUUACAAAAUGUUAUCAUUUUCAUGAGACAAUAAUUAGAAGCUAUAUAAUAUGGUUAAAACUGAAGUAAUGGAAUAGAUUUCUAAUGUAUAAUUUAUUCAUCUUCAUGAAACAAUGUGUGCAAUAAGCCCCUACUUUUACAGUGAUAUUUCUAUUUGCAUGCAAACAACAAAAGGUAUUGAGUUUGCAUUAUUGUUGCCAUUUUUGUAGGUGACAUGGGAGUUGAUUGCUGUAAAUAUGCAAAAUGUAGCAGCAGCAGGUGUAUGUGCUGGGAAAAGCUUGUGGUCACUUUUCAUUUCAACGAUUCCAGCUGGGCGCAAAAUAUGAAAAAAGCAAAACAUAUGCUCUGCAAUGGAAAAUUGGAGGAAGUUCAUAUUUAAAAACAUGUUUAUGUAUAUUAUAAUAAAGUACCAUCUGAUAUACUGUA